AUGAAUGAUUUUAAUUGCAAAUUACUAAUUGAAUUGAAUCGUGACUACAUUGAGACUAUCUCUGCAAUAUACAGACUUAGGGCAGUGGAUGACAAAGAAAUAAACAAGAUUUACAAAGAAAUCAAAACAAAAAUAAUCAAAACGAAAAAAAUGAAGCUGUGUAAUAUUCUAGAAGAUAUAAAAAUCGCGUCUGUGUAUAAUAAUCGUCAUUUUAGAUCAUAUUUAGAGUUAUUUAGAAAAAUAUACGACAAAUAUCAUCCAAAAGGCUUUUCAUUCAAAUCAUCUCUUUUUGAUUACGUUCUUCAUAAGGAAUAUGACUAUAUUUUCCCUGUUGAUCCUAAAAAUUAUUUUGUUUCUCAAAAUUAUACAAUAGAUGUUCAUGAAAAGGAUACAAUUUACAAAGCAAUCAUGAAUGAUGAUAUAAAUUCAUUCAUUAAAUUUACAGAAAGAGAUGGAUUUGAUGUCAACCAAACAUUAAAAAGUUAUUUUUAUCCAGAUCCAGAAAAAGAUUUAUCAUUACUUGAAAUUUGUUGUUAUCAUGGUUCUGUGAACUGUUUUAAGAUAUUACGAUCAAAAUUUAACUCAGAAAUCUCCCAGCGAUGUUUUCAAUUUUCAUUUUUGGGUGGAAAUCCAGAUAUUAUGAACGAAUGCUUGAAAUAUCAAGCUCCAGAUCAAAUAUGCAUGAAAUAUGCAAUUGCUUCACAUAACAUUGAUUUUGUUUGUUUUCUGAUGGAUAAUUAUGACCUAUAUAUUGAUAUUAGAUACUGUUCUGAAUUCAACAACUUUCAAGCAAUUUUAAUUUAUUUGGAUCAAAUAAUAGAUCCGCUGCCAAAUGAUAUUCUACUGAUUGCAUUGCAGUACAACAGUCCAUCACUUUGUGAAUGUGCUCUUUCACGUGCUUCCUAUCCAAAGUGGCAAGAACAGAGAAGAAUGAAAACUCCUCUUCAUAUAGCAGCAGAGAAUGGUUAUAAAGAAUUAGUUGAACUUUUUAUUUCUCAUGGGGCUGAUGUGAAUUCAAUAGAUUAUGAUGGGAAAACCGCACUUUAUUAUGCUGCAGAGAAUAAUCACAAGGAAAUAAUUGAAUUUCUUAUAACUCAUGAUGCAAAUAUAAAUGCAACAGAAAAAAGCACAGGGAGAAAUGCUCUUCAUUUUGCAGCUAUUGGUAAUAGUAAAGAUGCCGCAGAAACAUUGAUUUUGAAUGGAAUAGAUAUCAACAAAAUGGAUCUUGGUGGUAAUACUGCCCUUCAUAUGGCUGUAUUAUAUAAUAGUAAAGAAAUGGUAGAAUUUUUAAUAACACAUGGUGUUGACAUAAAUGCACAACAAAAGUAUGGGAAGACAGCCCUCCAUAUAGCAUCAAAAAAUAAUAGAAAAGAAAUUUCAGAGAUUCUUAUUUUAAAUGGAAUUGAUAUCAAUGUGGAAGAUUUUUAUAAAAAGACUGCUCUUGAUUACGCAGAUAUGCAUCAUUACAAAGAGAUAUCAGACCUACUUGUUUCACGAGGUGCAAUUAUAAAUAAACUGAACGAGAUUAAUUCUUAUUAA